CCUGCCUAUAUAUAAUCAGAUUUAAAACCCAAAAAAAAACAUAAAUAAAUACCAACAUUAGCAUCAACAUCGCAUACACAAACACUAAUCCACACACACACACAAAAAAAGAUUUUUCUCGAUACAUUAAUAAUUCAAGAAUCAAGAAAUGGAGGAAUCAGGACGUAAAGGAGAUCCGUUUCCAGGUUUUGAGAUGAGUUUUCACAAAGACGACUCUAUUUUCCGGCGAUCUCAAAGCUGCCGGCGGCUUCAGAGAAGAGCUCCAUGUCCUCUCUCAUUACCACCAAGACCUCCUCCUUCCGCAGAAGCUCCUUCUUCUGCGACCGGCGUCUCCAAUUCUGCGUUAUGUCAGAACGGCACAGAUCCAAUCCCUCUACUGUCUCCUCUCGUCCUUCCUUCAAUGCUUCAACCUAAUCCCUCCACUACCUCUCACUGACUCUCUUCUCUGCAUGUCUCUUCUUAUAUUUUUCCUGUAAUGACAAUGUCUCAUUGAUCCAUAAUUUAUUUCCUUUUGAUCAUUUUGGUUUUUGUUUGAAUUUUUUUCAUAAUCUAGCUUCACACAUGUCAUUCUUGAUGAUGUUGAUAACAUUAUUGAUUACUAUUUGUACAUACAGUACUUUUUAUUUAUUUUC